ACGCUGCACCCAGGCCAGGACCCACGGUCACAGAAACUGGGCAGAAUGGGCGCAUUGAUUCGGAGGAUCUAGGAAGGUGUUCCCUUUUUCAAAGUUCACCCUGCUCUCAAUGAUACCAGAAAUUUGCGUCGUGUCGGCAAAACUCUUCAGUCCCACUGGAUAAGAAAUCGUAACUAUUGGGUGAUCACAGCAUUAGCAGAGACGCCACACGUCGAAGUCGUGCUGAUCCGUGAUUCGGAGCUUUGUGGCCAUGAGUUGGAACAUUUAGCGGCCGAAGCAAUAGCCGCCAGUUUACAAGUGAAUGAAAGUGUCCCGAAUUCGUGCAAAUGUUCUACAAAACAACAAACAAGACACCAGCCUAGCUGCAAGGACAGUAGUAGCCUCUACCGUGUCGUGACCAGGUGACCACCCCACAUCACCAGUACGUUUGUGGAGAUCAUUGCGGACCUGGCCGUCAUUGUGACAGGGGGUUGCACCGAGACAACGGCGUAGCUGCGCCAUGGCUCUUGGUACGGGUGCGAUCAUCGGCUUGACGGUCGGCGUGGUGCUGGCUCUCGGCGUCGUUCUACUGGUGGGCUUUCUGGUGUGUCGGAUGGUCUACCGGCACGAGCAUGGCAUGGAGAAGGCUCGGGCGCGGCGACGUAGCAGCGCGGACAGCCGCGGACAGCCACGGUUACGUUCCGACACAAGUGGCGCGUCCAUAGCAUCGGGCAACACGGACUUUUUCGUCAACAAACAGGAGUUCAACGACAUGCUAGCCAAUCUUGAAGACUCGUGGCGAGCGAGCAAAGGACCAGUCGACUACGGUGCGGAGUCAGGACGUGUGAUGAACGGCACGGCCAUUUACAGCAAUCCUGCGUUUGACUCGGACCGCGGGAAGUCGUUCGAUGCUGCCGUCGCCAUCCAAAGCUGGUAUCGAGGCAUUCGAACACGACAAGAAAUGGCAGGUCGCAAGAGGACACGCAUAGAUGGCAGAAGAGGAUCCGUGGCCAGCACACACUUAGUCCAAAUGGACAUGUUCAGAGUCAAGACGUUUGGCCUCACCCCGACUGGCGGUCAUGGAAACACGGGAACUGAGUCGCUGCUGAAGUGCCUCGAGACCAUGCAUAAGAAGCAUUCAAAGACGAAAAUCGAAGCUCCGUCCCGGUACCUGCGUGUGUGGGUGACAGUGAAGGGACUGAAAGUCAUGUCUCACGAAGCUUGGGUGAUUCGUCACAAUAUCGCUCUGAAAGACAUCUUCUCCUACACACUAUCACCGCAGAGUGAGCGCGUGUUUGGAAUGAUCUUUCGCCGGAAAGGGAUAAACUACUGCUUUGCCGUCCUGUGCAAUGAUACGGAGGCCAGUUCUAUCAAGCAAUGCCUGGACGAUGCAUAUCAACUGACGGCAGUUCGCCGCCCGAUAUCGCCGUCGAGAAGCUACGUCGGUGACUUUCUGCAGACCAUACCCACCUCUCCCAGUUUCACAUCGGAGCAAGGUGACCUUCUUUCCAACCUGGGAUCAAGGCGACCCAGCUCAUCGUUCACGCCGCAUAUUCCCGGCAUUGAAAGCAGCCUCCCGGUGCAUUUCCUUCACUCCGGCGACAGUGAGAUGGCCGCUAUCACUAUACAGCGUUGGUACAAGGCUUAUCGAAUCCGGAUGGCGUACAGGCGUAACCAGCUGUGCACGCCACGCAGACGGUCGCAAUCCAUUGAACUGCUUCCAUCUCUUCUUCUUCAUCGCGCCACAUUCUGCGCCUCAUCACCUGUGACCAGAGAAGCGGAAACUGACAGAGAAACGCUGCACAACAUCGUCAUGAACCAGAUGCCUAUGAUUGAACACGCGCCAACGCAGAGAUUGAACGUCGGCGUGUCUUGCAAAGGCCUGUCGGUACUGACGGCCACGUACACCAGAAUUCUCUACAAGGUGCCGCUCCGCCACGCCCUGGUCUACUCGGUCGCGCAGCACAACAGCGGCGUGUUUGCCGUCCUAUUCCGCUCCAAGGCAGGCUUGUCGAGUCUGGUGCUUAAAUGUGUGGAGGCUGACCUACUGUGCAAGCUGAUGAACGAGGCACAGCUUGCGUCCACACUGCAGCAACUCGAACGAACAAAGUUACACCUACCUGCUGGCGAUAGCAAACGAGACUUGUUGGAAUCGGCAUCAUCCAUGGUGGCCAAUCUUCAGCCGGAUGGAUCAGAGCCUGCGGCGGCCGAUCCAGCAAGAAGAGCAUCGGCGUCGUUCACCACCAUGAGCGCACCGAGACCGGAGCGAGUGACGACGUCGAACUCCACGGACUCGUUCCCGGGCCAGGCGGCCGGUCCGGGCAGGACGAGCAAGAGCGACGGCGCAGUGUCGUUGCAGCCCCGUGGCGUGGCGGUAGCAACCACGUUGAUGCCACCAUCUGCCAGCUCCCACUCCAUGGGUGACAUUGCCAGCGACGUCAGCAUGACGUCAGAGGCGUUUGCUGCAGCCGCUCGCACUCUGCUCGACGACACGCUGAAGGAGACGGAGCAGUACACGAACAUGCCGCGCAGCGCCAGCAAAGAGAUGCGUGAUCACGUGGACGAAAUCCUGUCCGACAGUACGGUGAAACUGCUGGAUGAUGUCGGCCUAGCCACACCGGGAAAGCCGAGUGAUUCAAAACCCCAUGCCAACGGUGGCAUAGCCAUCUCUAACCAAGUGGUCACGUCGACGCCGCUGCAAGCUGGACGCGGCGAGGACGGAAACACGGCUGCGGAUCUGAACUCGACGAUCCAGGAACUUCUCCAGCUUUAAUUGCGAGAGGUGUGGGUGUGAGUGGGUGUGAGUGUGGGUAUGUGUGUGUGUGUAGGGGGGGGGGGGGGAGGGGGGUUGGCUCACUCAGCAUACCAUAGAGACUGUUGUCUGAUUUAGUCCACCCUACGUUUUGCAAGGACCGACCCGAGACACAGCUGAUGACCGGUGGGGUGAAAUCUCAUGGCUUCGUGUACAAACCGUGCAUACCGGUAUCUCCCGGCAAGAGAGGACAUGCGUAUUUUGUAACAUAAAUUUGUUGCGAUCCAAUAACCUGUGGCGCUGCUGCAUUUGUGCCAGCUAGUGCAGUACUUGCACCGUAAUCACUUCGAAGUAUGUCGUAAAGUUAUUUCCAGAAUUUCUUCUUUGGUAUACAGAUAAUAUGCAAUAUGCGGAGGGUGCCGAAUGGUGCAUGCAUAUAUCCUUUGCCCUUCUCUGUACUAUUCUGUUGCUGAACUUGACUUGAACCUACAUAAUGAUGGAUUGAUUCCAAAUAAUAAUUGUUUCUGCCAGCUUGAGCUAGUGUCAUGAUGUCGACAGUUAGUUGUCCUGAUGUCACAA